AGCAGCAGUUUCCAGUCGGCGGAGGGGAAUAUUGCGCUGGUGACUCCCCGCUGUUGGCUCUUUCUUGGCCUUCCCCGACUUUCUCCCUUGUCUUAGCUGUAAUUAUUGGUGCCGAAAUCCCGGAUCCAAAAUGGAGUCUUUGAGUAAAGCGGGGCAAGAGAUGAGUUUGGCAGCCUUAAAGCAGCAUGACCCCUACAUCACCAGCAUCGCCGACGUGACUGGCCAGGUAGCCCUGUACAGUUUCAGUCCCAACGCCAACGAGUGGGAGAAGACUGAUAUAGAAGGUACUUUAUUUGUUUAUAAGAGGUCUGCUUCUCCUUAUCAUGGCUUCACAAUUGUGAAUCGACUGAACAUGCAUAACCUGGUUGAGCCUGUAAACAAAAACUUAGAGUUUCAACUGCAUGAACCUUUCCUCCUCUAUAGAAAUGCUAAUUUGUCAAUUUACAGUAUCUGGUUCUAUGACAAGAAUGACUGUCAUCGAAUAGCAAAACUCAUGACUAAAGUGGUACAGGAAGAAGCUCAGCGAUCACAGGAUAGAAAAAGUCCAAGCAGAACUAAUGGUUGCAGUGAAAACAGGUCAAUUGAUAUCCUAGAGAUGCUUAGCAAAGCCAAGGUUGAAUAUGACCGGACUCAGAAGAGCGAUUUAAGUUGUCGAGUGCUGCAAAGUACAAAGACUGAAAAUAUGGAGAUUGCAGAGCUUGGAUCAUCAGUGUUACAAAUGCAAGACCAUUCAUGUCCAUCCAUCCAUAAACAUCUGACAGUAGAAGAAUUGUUUGGAACUUCAGUAUCAAAGGAUACCCCUGCAAUUCCUUAUUACAACCCAGAAAGAACAGAGAAGUUACAGAAUGAUGCCUCGUGCAGAGAACACAAUUUCCUCUUACCUUUUUCAUUUGAGCAGUCAACAGUGAUCCAUCAACCUCUGGGGAAACUGGAUGGCCCAGGCUUCAAGAGUAGCACUUGUACUUUACUGCAGCAGGAAUGUGUGCCUCCCUUGCUAAUUGCUCCACCUCCAGUUUCACAGCCUGAGAUAAAUAAGGUUUCAAACUGUACUGUGCAACUGAGUCCUGUCCUUAAUUCAGCCUCUGUAGUAGAAGCUCCUUCUGUUCAAAUGCUUCAGAGUCUGCAUACAAGCAAUAACAUAAUGCAAGUAAUGCAGCAAACAACCAAGCAAGUGUCUUCAUUUGGGAGUCAGCCACCAUCUGACACUAACCAUGGUCCACAAAAUCUAAUUCCUAGUCAAAACCAUUUUAUCACAUCUUUGGCUGCAGCAAAUACAGAAGCUUCAAAUGUAACUCUUCCAAAUGUGGACCUUCUUCAAAAACUCAGGUUGACUCCACAACAUGACCAAAUGCAGCAAUCACUUAGUAAAACUCCAGCAGCCUCUAACUUUUCUUCUACAGUUAACCAACUUGCAACACCAGAUUGUUUCAAGGAAUCUCACAUGAAGCAGCAAGCUCUGACUGGUAAAAUGCUUCCACCUACCCAGACUACACAGCAAGGUAAAGAACUCGAGACGUUUCCACAUCCCAAAGCUUUGUCCAAGGCAAACCAAGUAGCUUCCCCACAGUUUGUUCCAGCUACAACCACAAUGGCAUCUUCAGUCCUCUUGUCACCUAGUGUUUUCCAGCAGUCAUCUGUAAAAUCGUCUGAAAUAGAAAGCAAAGUUGGCUCUUCUUCUCCUCUUACGCUUGGAGUCACAGAGGUUCAAACAUUACCUCCAACAAUUCUCAAUAAAUCUCAGCUUCAAGAAACUUUAAUACAUCUAAUAAAGAAUGAUUCAAACUUUCUUAGUACUCUUCAUGAAGUUUAUUUACAAGUCUUGACCAAGAAUACAGAUGGCAUCAAAUUGUAACAGAAGUUUUAUUCACUUCCUCUGACCUCCUGUCUGCUCCAGAAACAAUUAUGCCUCUUCUGUAAAACUGUUUUUAAAGAUUGUGGAUUUUUCCCCCUUAAAGUCUUAAUGUUCUGACUUUAGGGAGGCAUUGUUUCUUAGAGGAACUUCUGUAAUGCUCUCAGAGGUAAUCUAGGUUUCACUGUGAUCAUCACCAGCAGGGUUUUAUUUCUGUGUGGGAAAAGUUGUCCAGUUGUUUAAUAGCACAUUAGUUUGGAGGGGCUUUAAGUGAGUAAAUUAAAAUGAUUUGGUUCUCUAUUUUUUUUCGCUUCUGAAUAAUUGGGAUAAAUGUGAUCUGAGCUGUAUAUUUAGCAGCACAGUAAAGAUGACUGAAUUUGUAAAAUUGCCUGCUACUGGAAAGAGAUGUGGAGAGACUGUCUUUAGGAAUUGGGGGAAAUGGACCUGCAGUUUUUAAAGUUGUUUUAUUUUACCCUGGAGUUGAAUGAACUUAAUGAGGAUAAUGGAUCAAGAAACCAGUUCCCAUAGAAUGCAGAGAUGGCAUAGGUGCUUCAUUUUGCAGAUACAGAAUCAAAACAGGCUAUCAACUAUUUCUUAACUGACUCUCUGUGCAUUUAUUUUUGAAAGUUACUUUUAAAAGGAACAAACUAGGAAUAGAUAGAACAUGAGUGCAGUCAUUUCAUUGUUCUGUCCAGGUAAAGUGCAAAUGUUGGAGGAGGUUUGCCUUUAGAAAAGAUGGAUCCGUUCUGGGGAAAAGCAUAUACAUGUUCAUUUAUUGUUAAAACUAGGCAUAUUCAGUCUGCCACUCACCUCUUGGCAGGGUGUUGCACAUAAUUCUUAUAAGAUUAAUAUUCAUAGUAUACCACUGUAAAAGUUCAAGCUUCUUCCCAAAGGAAGUCUGCCUCUGAUUUCUAAUGGUUUUAUAUGCUGCUAUUGGAUCUCUCCAUGACUUAUAUUUAUUUCAUUAUGGCAUGUGAUGGUAGCUAGCAAUACUUUAGUGUAGAAUAAAUCUCAAUUUAUUCAAGCAAUAGUAACUUUAAAGAAUAAGUUUUUUAAAAGUAGAAAAGUCUUUGUUUUAUAUUGUGAACAGUAAAUUUUCUAGUGAAUUUAACCAGUCAAUAUGCACUGCUUAUUUUUCAAAGCACUGCUGAAAUUGGAAGAAAGAGCAUUGUUUUGGCUCUGCACAUUACAGUGUUUCUUUUAUGACUUACUGAAAUGGCAAAAGUUUGCAAAGAAGCACAGCUGGCUCUUGUCCAAGCGUCAUACCAUUCAGUAGAAUUUGGAGAAAGUUCUGGGGUAGGCUGAUGCACCUGUUUAAUCUUAAUGUAAAAUGAUGAUAUCACUGAGGUGCAGAUACUUUCAUUAAUUCAUCAGCCGAGUUUUAAUCAUAACUCCACACAAAUCAGUGUGUUUUGAUAUAACCAGUAUGUUGAUUUUUUAAAAAUCUAUCAAAAUAGGUACUUGAGUUUGAGCAGUUUUAUUGGAUAUAUGUUUGAUUUUAUUUAGUAAAAUCUGCCUUUGAGAGAGCCCCCUUUUCAAGCUCUAAAUUCAGUGUUUCUAUUUAAACAUAGAAUUUUAUAGUAGAAACAUAUGCAUAAUUCAGGGAAAUAAACAUUGAUAGUGACAUGCACGUUUGACUAAUUUAUUGGCUUUAAUAAUAAAAUUGAAAUGAAUCUCUGCAGGCUUUAUAAGCCCAUGUUAGAAACAGGAGAGCUCUCUGGUGGUCACUUGUUAGAUACUUAAUAGUGCAGCAUGAUGGGGAAAAAGCUUGUCUAUCUUAGAUAUUCAUUCUGAUCUUAAACCUUCUCUCAGAAAGAACACUAAACUAGAACAGUAAUCUUAAGUGCAGUCCUAAGAAGAGUUACAUUUCCAUUGAUUUCCUUAGACUUAGAAGGAUGCAGCUCUGCUUAGGAUUGUACUGUAGAAUACCUUUUCGGCGGCUGUAUCAUUGGAACCAAAUAUCUCAUGUUAUGUGUAUUGAUAUUAAAGAUUCAAUAAAUGAGCAGUCCUUAAUUAAUUUUAUUUGGGGGGGUACUUUAUCAACCAUUAACAUGAAUUUAAUAUAUAUUAAACAUAAUGCUUACGUUGAACUUUGUCACAACCAUUAAACCUGUCCAAAGACCUGCCAAAACUGAACUAUGAAGGGUUCCUUGAUAUUGAAUGUACUGUAAAGGCCCUGUGUUUUCAAGACUUAGAGGAAAAGGGAAUAUUGCUUUAAACAGUAAUGAUAUUUCCAUCGUUCUAGUGUACUUCCCCCAUUUAAUAUUUUUGCAUUGUAGCCUCAAUUAGUAGCUGGUAGAUCAGAGUUCUCAAUUGUUUAGCGUAUGUAUAGCAUCCAAAAUAGUUCUCCAUUUCCAAAGAGGAUUUUGUUAGCUAGAAGGUCAUUAGUUACUGGGUAAACUUGUUUAUGCAAAUAUUCUGAUCUUUGAAUUUUACGCACAUUGAUGUUACAACUUUCAUAGCAGACUCAAGCUGGAAGAACAGAGGUGUCCUACACAAUAUAAAGCACUGUUAGUAACAUUCGGUGUACCACAAUUGUGCUCUUAUUGCUUGUUAUGUGACAGACAUUUAACCAAUUGCUUUGGGAGGAAAAGAAUUGCUUUGGGAGGAAACUCGGCUGUAAAAUAAAAUGACAAAUGUUUACAAAAACUAGAAACUGCUGGAAAGUUCUUGUUUGAGUACCUAUGUUUUCUUUAGUCAGUGCUUGGUUUAACAUGAAAACAUAUUUAUUCUUGUUUCUUGCAUGUAACAAUAACAAAUACAUAGCUGUUCCAUCUAUUCAAGAUGUUGUUUUGGAAAGGUGCUCCUUAUUCUCCCUUGUAUCCCAAGAAUAAAGUAUUUAGACUAUAUCACAAAAUAGUGAAUAUUUAUCUAAGCAUGUAUUUUUCUGUUGCCUAUAUGCAGCUUUAAAAAAAUUCUUAAUAUUCGUCUACUCAAAAGUGGCUUUAAAAUUUGCAAGGUUAUUCAAAUACUUACUGCUGUUAUGUAAGUAAAGGCUAUUACAUCAAUAAUAUAGUGUUGUAUUAUUAUGUGCCUGACAUAUACUUUGGGAACUUACCUUUCAAAAUAGUCUGUGAAGGAACUGAGUUAGAUGAAACAGAAAAGCUGUUUAAGUUCUGUUUCAGUAAUAGGUAUGAGAUUUCAAAUAUACUAAAUUAUAAUUUUUCCAGUUUGCUCUGGUUUAAUAUGUUCCUGAAAUCCACCAAUACUGCAUGUGGGCCAUUCAGGAACUUCUUUUUUUUUUUUUUAAAGCAUUUAAUGGAGAGUGUUUUAAUGCAAAAAGUAUUGGCACAAACAGCCGCCUUUUGUCAGCUACCUGAGUUGCUUCUUAAGCAUAUCUUAAAAAGAGGAGUGUGUGCAAUAUAUAUUUCACCUCAGUUUUUUUACAUCAUUGUGAAAAUGUUAAGAUGCAAUAUCUUUUUAAGUUGGAAAAAAAUGCAAUAAACUUCCCUUGUAGUUUGGUUUUUAACAGUUUAACAGAUGGGCACAUGGUAGUUUAAAAUGCACACUAUACUCAGUGUCUGAGUUUACCGUUUUGAUUUGCACUCGCAUGUUUGAGAUUUUGAGGUGCUUUAGAUCUUUGGCAUUUUAAGUAAUGACCUUUGGAAAACAAUAGGCAUGAUCCUAGGCAAUUUCACUAAGCUCAGCAGUCUGAUUUUUUUCUCUUCCCCACUUUGGCAUGCAUAUAAAAAGUGUUGUGGGGAGGGCAUUAGGGGAGAUGGAAGAUCUGUGUGUGCCUUGGUUUUGGUGCAAAUUGCAUUCCUGUGCAUAGACAGAAGGGGAUGGUGGAAAAUAAGGCUCUGAGCCUCUAGGAUUUCACAUAGAUGUGCUGCAGCUGAUAGGAUCAUGCCCAGUGUUAUCUGAGCAUUAAAACAAAACUAUAGUGCAUUGGUAACAUUUCAGUAAUAUGUAUGUAAUUUGUACCAUCUUAUGUUGACAAAUAUUAAGUUAUUGCAUAUGUUUAAGAACGAGCAUUUUUCAUUGAAAAUUUUGUAUGUUUGCAAAUAUAUUUUUGUAAUAAAAUUUCAAAGACAAAUGUUUGAGUACCUCCUAAAA